AUGAGCGCCCACACCUUGGUGACGACCGACGACGCCCACACCCUCGAGACGGACUUCGAGGUCCCCGCGCCGCGCAUCAUCAUGCUCACGGGCAGGCCGGGCGUCGGCAAGACGACGAUCGUGCGCGCGGCGCUCGACGCGUGGACCGCAAACGGCCGCGCGGCCGCGGGCUUCCACACGCGCGAGGAGCUCAGGGACGACGGCCGGCGCGCGGGCUUCGAGAUCGUCGCCGCGGACGGCCGCACCGCGUCGCUCGCGCGGCGCGAGGCGCGGGGCGGCAAGAAGAGCCACGUCGGGCGCGUCGGCCAGUUCAAGGUGAACACGGACGCCGUCCGCGACGUCGCCAUGGAUGCCCUGAAAAGCGCCGGCGGCGACCGGCUGCUCGUCCUGGACGAGAUCGGGCGCAUGGAGCUGCUCUGCGAGGGCUUCGACGCCGCGGCGCGAGAUGCGCUCGACGCGUCGCGCGUCGGCGUCGCCACCGUGCCGUCGCGGGCCACGGAGCCCUUCGUCGCCGCCGUCAAGGCGCGCGCGGACGUCCUGCUUUUGGAGGUCACGCGAGAAAACCGCGACGCGCUG